CUCGCUCUCUCGGACGAGUUACGAGAUUUCCGGAAGGGAGAUAAUUUAAUUUAUUUUCUGAAUCGAUGGCUCGCCGGUUGUUAAACUGGGAAGGUUCCAGAGAUUGCCUGAGACGAUUGAGAGAAGAUCAUGUUCGAGACAGUGAACUGGUAGUAAGACUUUGGGAAGAAUGUCUGAUGAAUCACAGAGAAAAGCUAGGAGAUGAAUUAUGGACUGUAUAUGAACAAGUUUGUAUUGCUGCCCUGGAUUGUCAAAGAUUAGAUUUAUCUGAGAUCUGUUUAGAAUUACUACAUAACAAAUUUCCAGAUUCAGUCAGAGUUAAAAGAUUAUUAGGAAUGAGAUAUGAAGCAGAAAAAAAAUUUGUAAAAGCUGAAGAAGUAUACCAAGCAAUUAUCGACAAAGAUGAAUCUAACAUGUUUGUAAGAAAAAGACUGGUUACCAUAGCAAAGGAACAGAAUGAAGUAACUAAAGCUAUUGACCUGUUAAAUAAAUAUUUAGAACAAUUUAUGACAGAUUUUGAAGGUUGGUUGGAGUUAUGUGAUUUGUAUUUAUCACAGUUGGACUACUCAAAAGCUUGUUAUUGUAUGGAAGAAUUAAUCAUGUCAAAUCCACACAACCAUUUGUUUUAUCAGAAGUUUGCUGAGAUAAAAUAUACCAUGGGAGAUCCAGAUAGUAUGGCCAUGGCAAGAUCAUAUUAUGCACAGGCCAUAAAACUCAAUCCUAGAAAUGUUAGAGCUUUGUACGGAUUAUUUCUUUCCUCUAGUAAUCUAGCACUUACAGCAUCUAAAGGAGGAGGUGGCAAAGAGAAACAAAACAAUAUAAAAAAUGCAGCCUGGGCAGCACAACAACUCAAUGAGAGAUAUCAGACUGACCAGCCAAAAGAAAUGACAGAAGAAACAAGGGUUGUAGAAGCCAUUGAGAAAGUCUUGGAAUCUUUAACAGAGAAGACAUCAAGUUGAUCAUAACUAAAGAGAUAUAUUCAGAGAUUAUAAUAUAUAGACUACAAAUAAACAGUGUUCAAAUACUGGGCAUUAAUCUUAAAAAGAUGGUACAACUUAGUAAAUAUCAAACAAAAAGAAAGAUCAUGAAUCAUUAUACAAUAUUGAAUUGUUUAAAUAUUACAGAUAUAAGGUCAAAUUGCAAAAGAUUUUUUUUUAUAUUUGAAUAUUUUUUGGAUCAAGAUCUAGUUGACAUUAAAAGUUUUAUAAAUGUAGAGGUAUGUGUGAAUAAAACAUUGAAGAUAUGAUCAUUUAAUAAUUACACUUUGUGGGUCAUACAGAUUUGUUUUUGCUAAUAUCAUCUCAGAUGAUUCACUGUAAGAGAAGUGAUAAUAGGAAAACACUUUUUUUUCUAAAUCAUCGACCAUCAAUUGACUUCUGUUUUAAUUUUUUUUAUAUCUUUAAUUCUAAAAGAACCAUUGUAAGUGUGUUAAAAAUGCCUCCUGAACAUUUACCAAAAAAAAAGUACUUCUCUUACAGAUAGUUCACAAUAUCUUCAUUGUUUCUUUACUAAAAAAAUAUAGGAGUUGUUUGAAUGUUAACUGCCUAUCACAACAGUAUUUUUUCAGUUCCAUUUUAAAAUGUAUAUGGAGAUCUACAUAUUGAAAUUUUUGCUUAACUGCAAGUCAGUUGUGUAAAUAUAUUACAAAUAAAUGUUGUUUAUGUCCUU